GCCCCGAGCCAUUCUUCUCCUAAGAAACAUUGAGAAGGGGAUUCGCCGUUUGGACAAAGGUUCCCGAAAGGCAGCUGAGCUUCUUCAUAACUUUAGAGGCAGUGAGAGAAGUUCAGAACCUUCUCUAAAGUGGUGGAGGUCACGCGCACUGAAUCAGAACAUUGAAGGGCGCCGGAGCAUCUUUAACAGUCGAAGAGGGAAUUGUUUUCUUUUUGAACAACAAUUUCUCAGCUUUGGUCGUUUUUUUUAAGGAAUACGGUUAAUAUUUUCAUCAAUAUCGUUUUGCUUUUUUUGCAGAGACAAUGGCAGUCGCUUUACCUCGAGGUUCAUCCUGAGGUUCUGAGCGGAGACUUGAACGUUUAGAACUUUGUUUGUAACGCGUUGUAGACCUUUUGGUCGGAAAAUGGGAAAUCGGCUUGAUUCAUUUUUGCUGGUACAGAUACUUCUCCUGGUCACUGUAUCCUCCGGGCUCAGAACUGAGGACACAAUAGAGGAGAUCCCAGAGGGAGCGUCAACCCUGGCGUUUGUCUUUGAUGUCACUGGCUCCAUGUACGAUGAUCUCGUGCAGGUUAUUGAGGGGGCAUCCAAGAUUCUGGAGAUGUCGCAGAGUAGAACUAAGAGACCACUCUAUAACUAUGCAUUGGUGCCAUUCCACGACCCAGAGAUUGGACCGGUAAUCAUCACUACAGAUCCAAAGAAGUUCCAGUUUGAACUCAGGGAGCUGUAUGUCCAGGGAGGUGGAGACUGCCCAGAGAUGAGCAUUGGUGCCAUCAAGAUUGCCCUGGAGAUCUCCCUGCCGGGGUCCUUUAUUUAUGUCUUUACAGAUGCCAGAUCCAAAGAUUACAAACUAACGCACCAAGUCCUGCAGCUAAUCCAGCAGAAACAAUCUCAGGUUGUGUUUGUGCUGACAGGGGAUUGUGAUGACCGAGCUCACAUUGGGUACAAGGUCUACGAAGAGAUCGCCUCCACCAGCUCUGGGCAGGUGUUCCAUCUUGACAAGAAACAAGUCAAUGAAGUGUUGAAAUGGGUGGAAGAGGCGGUGCAGUCAUCCAAGGUCCAUCUGCUGUCCACAGACCACUACGAUGGGAUCAGCAACACCUGGCAGAUCCCAUUUGACCCCAGUCUGAAGGAGGUCACUGUGGCCCUCAGUGGCCCUGGACCUGACAUCGAGAUAUACAACCCCUUGGGGAACCUUGUCGGAAAGAACGAUAAUCUGACGGAACUGCUGCAUAUUCCCAACUCUGCAAAGGUCGUCAACAUCAAGGACCCGGAGCCUGGAAUGUGGUCCAUAAAGACAUCAAGUGAGGGCAGACACUCUGUACGAAUAUCUGGUGUAAGCACUAUUGACUUCCGGGCUGGAUUUUCCAGGAAGCCCACCCUGGACUUUAAGAUGACCUCUAGUCGACCCGUUCAAGGUAUCCCUACCUAUAUCCUAUUGAACACAACUGGGCUGUUCCAUCCAGCGCUAGCAGAUAGACUGGAGCUUCUGUCAAUAACCGGUGGUGUGAUUAAAACCCUCCCAGUGCGGUACUACCCUGACACUGGUAGGGGUAGCACCUCGACAGGAAGCAUCUGGAACAUCACAGAAUUUGUUCCGCCCAAUGAGGCCUUCUUCCUACGGGUCACAGGAUAUGACAUGGAUGGCUUCCUGUUCCAGAGGGUCUCCAGUGUGUCCUAUUCCAGUAUUGUUCCUGAUGCACCCAAGGUUGUGAUGCCCCCCACCACCCCAGGGUACUACCUCCAGAAAGGGGCCAUAUCCUGCCAGGUAGACAGCCUCAUCCCCUUCACCCUCCGCUUCAGCCGGGAAGGGAGACGCCUCGGCAUUGACCAGCUAUUUAGCGAGUCAGCCAAUGCCCUGUGGGAGCUGGCUCAGGUGACUCUGAAGGAUGAGGGCUUCUAUGAGUGCAUUGCCAUCAGCAGUGCCGGAACAGGACGCUCCAGAACCUUCCUGGACGUUUCAGAGCCACCACCAGCCAUCACAGUGGACGGUAACGUAACUGUAACUCCAGGCUCCAGAGCUGUCCUGACCUGUCAUGUGGUCAGUACGGUCCAGUUCAACCUGACCUGGCACAGAGGGGGUGUGGACGCACAACUGGACCCAAACCUUCACCUCCUGACCAACCACUCCCUGGAGAUACGCAACAUUGGCAUCGCCGCUGCUGGCUGGUAUGAGUGUAUUGCCGCCAACGAUGGAGGAACCUCCAUUGAACGCAUCUACCUCAACGUGCAAGAGCCACCCCGGGUGACAGUGAACCCCCAAAACCAGACCUUUACCACAGGACAGGAAGUGAGGAUCAGGUGCUCGGCCAAAGGUUACCCUGACCCCAGACUAGUCUGGACCCACAACGGCAUGUUCAUCAUGGGCUCCAGCAGACAAAGGACGACCUCCGAUGGGAGUCUGCUUAUCAGAAACAUGAAUCAGAAGGAUGCUGGGGUGUAUGGGUGUCUUGCCAGCAAUGUGGCCGGGACAGAUUCAGACAGAUCCAUCCUCACCUACAUUGAAUCCCCUGUGGUGACCGUGGUGCAGAGUGAGAUUCUGAUUGGUCUAGGUGAGACCACCGUCUUGGCUUGCACCGCCUCUGGGAUCCCCAAACCUGAAAUCAAGUGGUACAAAGGUGACCUGCAGUUAAGGCCAUCCUCCUUCAUGGACAUGGACCCCCAGGUAGGGACUCUGACAAUCAAGGAGACGCAGGACGUUGAUGCAGGAGACUACACCUGUGUAGCUGUCAACCUUGCUGGGACGUCCUCACCUGGGAAGAUCACCCUGGAUGUAGGAUCUGCACCCCAGUUUACCAGAGAACCAUCCGAUGUGGGGUCAGACAUUGGCUCUAACGUGACACUGCCGUGCAAUGCGCAGGGUUACCCUCAACCUCAGGUCACUUGGAGGAGGGAGGACAACGCACCCCUUUUCAUUAGACACACCACACACAGCACCAUAACGCAGAACAGUGCAGGAGACCUGCAAAUCAGGAAUCUGUGGGUGGAAGAUGAUACAGUGUAUGUGUGUGAUGCAGAGAACCAGUUUGGGAAAAUACAGGCCCGUGCCAGAGUCACUGUCACCGGACUGGUGUCCCCAUUGAUCGGCCACAGCCCAAGUGUGUUGAGUGUAAUUGAGGAGCAGCAGGUGACUCUGCCUUGUGUGCUGCUGGCUGGUAACCCUCUUCCUGAGAGACGCUGGUUACACAACCACGGGCUGGUGAUCUCAAGCCCCUAUGUGACGGUGCGUAGGGAUGGCAGUCUGCAUAUAGAGCGUGUUCGGCUGGAGGAUGGGGGGGACUACACCUGCCUGGCUGAGAAUGUGCUGGGGUUCAGCAACCACACCACCACCCUCAACGUCUACGUGAUGCCAACUAUACAGCAUGGUCCGCAGGUCUUCAGCACCAUAGAAGGCACCCCUGUCACCUUGCCAUGCCAUGCUAAUGGUGUACCCGUGCCCGACAUCACCUGGUCCAAGCGAGGGGAGCUGUUGAACCUGGGUGGUCCUUCUUUUUCUCUGUGGUCUGAUGGCAGUCUCCACAUCACCUCCCCCACUGGGGGGGAGUCUGGGGAGUUCGUCUGCACGGCCACCAACGCGGCAGGCUACAGCUCCAGGAAGGUCCAUCUCACCGUGUACGUUCGUCCCAGGCAGAUCGGGGGCUCCGGAGGGGCCGGAGGCGACGGCGAGGCCCUGGAGGUGUCUGUCAUCGUGGGGGAGGAUGUUACCCUGCCCUGUGAGGUCCAGAGUGUCCCCCCUCCAAUCAUCACUUGGGCCAAGGAGAGGCAGCUCAUAUCCCCCUUCUCACCCAGACACACUCAGCUGGCCUCUGGUUCCAUGAAGAUCCUGGAGAGUAGGGUGUCAGACAGUGGUCUGUACGUGUGUGUUGCCUCCAACAUCGCGGGGAACCUCACCCAGAAUGUUCUCCUCAGUGUCCUUGUGCCCCCCAGUAUCCAAGCUGGGCCACGGGUGAUGAAGGUGCAAGUGGGGCAUCCUGUAGACCUGCCCUGUGUGGUGCUGGGGGCACCCCAGCCUUCCCUGGCCUGGCUAAAGGAUGGCACCUCCCUGGCGGAGGGCGGGGCACAGUACAGGAUCGCCCCCGAUGGCUCUCUGACUCUAGGUCAGGUGGGGCUGAGUGACGAGGGGACCUAUACCUGUGUGGCCACUAACAUCGCUGGAGAAGAUCAGACCAGUAUACACUUGCAGGUGCAAGUUCCCCCUGUGGUGGAUGUGCUGGAGCCCCCAUUCAACAGCCCCCACCAGGAGAGAGUGGCCAACCAGCGCAUCGCCUUUCCCUGUCCCGCCAAAGGCAUUCCUACGCCCGUCAUAAAGUGGUUGCGUAACGGGCAGGAGCUGACAGGGAACGAGCCAGGUCUGACCAUUAUGGAGGACGGAACCCUUCUCAUCCUAGCAUCGGUUUCUCAGUUGGACAACGGAGAGUAUGUCUGCAUGGCCGCCAACGAGGCUGGCACCACUGAGAAGAAGUACCAGCUCAAAGUCAACGUGCCACCCAACGUCCAUGACUCUGGGUUACCGAACAAUGUGUCAGUGGUACUGAAUCUACCUGCCAACCUGGUGUGUGAUGUCACAGGAAGUCCCACCCCAGUCAUCACCUGGUACAAGGAUGGUCUUCCUGUGGUUCCCAGUAGCAGUGUUCAGAUUCUCCAGCAAGGAAAGACCCUGAGGUUACUGAAGACCACCACAGCAGACGCUGGACGUUAUAGCUGCAAGGCCAUCAACAUCGCAGGAAGUUCAGAGAAGGUCUUCCUCCUGGACGUGCUGGUUCCCCCCACUAUCAUUGGGACAAGCUCCUCUCCCGAAGUGUCAGCAGUGCUAAACCAGGAGGUCAAUCUGGAAUGUAAGGUCAAAGGAACUCCAUUUCCCACAAUCCAGUGGUACAAAGACAGGAAACUGGUGUUCCUGGGUGACCCCAACUUAGAGGUCAGCAACAGGGAUCAGAACCUGAAGAUAAAGAGUGCUCGUCUGGGAGACCAGGCACGCUACCAAUGUAGUGUUACUAAUGCGGCGGGCAAACAGACCAAAGACUUCAACCUCAGUGUCUACGUCCCUCCCACCAUAAAGGGUGGCAACGUGACCUCAGAGGUAACUGCCCUCCUGGAUACUGUGGUAACACUGGAGUGUGAGGCACGUGGGGUGCCGUUGCCCACCAUCACCUGGUAUCGCAAUGGAGAGGCCAUCCUGUCCAGCCGCCAGGUGCAAUACGUUGACCGAGGUCAUUUCCUUCGGAUCCCACGCACCCAGGCAUCAGAUGCUGGUCAGUUCACCUGUAGGGUUACCAGUGUGGCCGGGACUGCAGAGAAGAAUUUUGAGCUUGACGUUUACCUUCCUCCCUCCAUCGUGGGGGGUCAGGACACUCCUACAGUGAGGAAGGUGGUGCUCAGUGAUCCCCUGACCUUGGAAUGUAAAGCUGAAGGUCACCCCCCCCCCACACUGACCUGGCUGAAGGACGGCAUUCCUGUCCGGAAUGGGGAGAGCGUCAGCAUUCUGGAGCGAGGCCGUAAAAUCGAGAUCCUCUCCAUCCACAUGUCUGACGCUGGGCGCUAUGUCUGCGUGGCAACCAGCGUCGCCGGGGAGAAGGAGAUGAAGUACGAUGUCAGUGUUUUAGUUCCCCCUGUGGUGGAGGGAGGGGAUGAUGUCACAGACACCACGGUUGUCAUUAACAACCCUCUAGAGCUAGAGUGUCGUGCUACGGGUACACCUUCACCUGCCUUCAGGUGGUUUAAGGAUGGUCAACUAAUCAGGCAAGGUGACGGAGUUCGGGUCACAGCUAACGGCCGUCGGCUGAUCAUCUCUCGGCCCCAGAUCACAGACACAGGACGCUUCCAGUGUGUGGCCACCAAUGACGCCGGGGACCAUGAGAGGGACUUCAAUGUGGCCGUCCAUGUCCCUCCUUCCAUCCGAUCCACUGGUCUCUCUGAGCGUGUCGUGGUCCUCCAUAAGCCUAUCAGAUUCCAGUGUGUCCACAGCGGCAUUCCUCUUCCCAGUCUCACCUGGCUCAAAGAUGGCCGCCCUGUGGACACUUCCAAGGAGCACCUGAAGCUUGAGUCGGCUGGUAGGACUCUACACAUAUCAGAGGCCAGACUAGAGGAUGCUGGAAAAUAUACCUGUGUCGCAACCAAUGCAGCAGGAGAAGCCCAGCUACACAUCCGCCUCAGUGUUCAUGAGCCUCCAAGCAUUCCUUUCUCUGGUGAGACCUUUAAUGAGACCAUCAUAGCAGGUUACCCCACCCAGUUGGAGUGCAAGGCCUUAGGGAAUCCACUGCCUGCCAUUACUUGGUACAAGGAUGGUCGACCACUAACCAGUGCCGCUGGAGUUACUAUCCUCAAACGUGGUCAGCUGCUGGAGAUUGACCGUGCUCAGCUGUCUGACGCUGGGUUAUACCGUUGUAUAGCGGUCAACGUGGCCGGAUCCGUAGAGGUCUCUCACAGGCUGCAGGUUUAUGUGCCCCCUUCUAUUUCUAGCCGCAGUGGCCUAGUGACGGUGGUGGUGAACAACCCUGCCAGCCUGGAGUGUGAGGCCACUGGCAUUCCUCUGCCCAGCCUUACUUGGCUCAAAGAUGGCAGCCCGGUUGCCAGUCUGUCAGAAAGCAUACAGGUGUUGUUUGGUGGUAGAGUGUUGAGUCUGACUAGUGCCCAAGUCACUGACACAGGGAAGUAUACCUGUGUUGCCAUUAACGCAGGAGGAGAGCAGCAGAAAGAUUAUGACCUUACGGUGUAUGUUCCACCAAACAUUAUGGGAGAGGAGGUGAAUGCCACAGCAAUGCUGGGUCGAGUGGUGGAGUUGCGUUGCGAGAGCGAUGCCAUCCCUCCUCCCACAUUGUCAUGGCGGAAAGAUGGCCGUCCAUUUUUUAGGAAGCCGGGACUGACCGUGUCUGAGGACGGGAGUGUACUGAAGAUUGACAGUGCUCAGGUGCAGGAUUCUGGCAGAUACACCUGUGAGGCCACCAACAUUGCCGGCAAGACAGAGAAAAACUACAAUCUCAAUGUCUGGGUGUCUCCCAGUAUCCGCGGUUCAGAAGAGGUGUCUUCCAUAACGGUGAUGGAGGGAAACCUGAUCACCCUGGUGUGUGAGUCCAGUGGCAUUCCUCCUCCCAGCCUCGUCUGGCAUAUGGAUGGUUCGGAGUUGAAGUCAGACUCAAGGGUUCGGAUCCUGUCUGGUGGGCGUCAGCUCCAGAUCUCCAGUGCUGAAAGGACAGACUCUGCUUCCUACACAUGUACUGCCUCCAAUGUUGCCAGGAAUACAACCAAGGAGUACACCAUGCAGGUGUACGUCCGCCCUUCCAUCAGACGCAGCGAUCGGCCGGAAGGAAAUUACAUCACUGUGACCAGAGGCGGAGAUGUCACCCUACAGUGUGAGGCUGACGGCGUGCCACGCCCGGCGGUCACAUGGCUGAAAGACGGUCGGCCGAUUAUAGGGCAACGUGGGGCGCAGGUACUGAAUGAGGGGCGGCUCCUACAAAUCAAGGACGCCAAGGUUUCGGACACAGGGCGGUACACGUGUGUGGCAGUGAAUGUCGUGGGACAGGCCGACGACAAGCAUGACGUCAGCGUUCAUGUUCCCCCAAGUAUCAGCGGUCAGAACCAGGACCCAGAGAAUGUAAGUGUGGUAGUGAAGAACCCUGUGGCGCUGACCUGCGAGGCCUCUGGCAUCCCUCUUCCUGCUAUCACCUGGCUAAAGGAUGGCCAGGCAAUAAAAGCCUCCAGCUCUGUCCGUGUCCUCUCAGGAGGGCGGAGUCUUCGUCUGAUGCAUGCAGCAGUGGAGGAUGCUGGGAGAUACAGCUGCAUAGUGUCCAACACGGCCGGAGAGGAGAGGAAGAACUUUGACCUGGACAUCCUGGUCCCCCCUAGCAUUGUGAAUGAAGGCACAGUGCAUGACACCAAGGUCAUGGAGAAACACAAUGUGACACUGAGCUGUGAAGUCACAGGUAACCCAGUGCCUGAGAUCACCUGGCUGAAGGAUGGAGAGUCACUGGGAACAGACAGACGUCACCAGAUAUUGUCUCACGGAAGGUUCCUCCAAAUAUCUGGCGCCCAGGUGUCAGACACAGGCAGAUACAGCUGCUUGGCACACAACAGCGCAGGAGACCGUAGCAGACACUUCAACGUCAAUGUUCUGGUGUCUCCCACCAUCGUCGGCUCGGGUCCUGAGGGUUCAGCAGAGGAGGUGACCGUCACCCUGAGCAGCCCCACGUCUCUGGUGUGUGAGGUGCAGUCUUACCCCCCCGCUGUUAUCACAUGGUUCAAGGAUGGGAAACCGUUUGAGUCCAGUCGCAAUGUCAGAGUGCUGCCAGGUGGGCGAACCCUGCAGAUCAUGAACGCCCAAGAGGAGGAUGCUGGGAAGUACACCUGCGUGGCCACUAAUGAGGCCGGGGACAGCCUGAAGAACUACGAGGUUAAAGUUUACAUUCCUCCCCAGAUCAAUAAAAACGAUGUCCCAGGUAUGGGGCUGUCCCCUAAAGAGGUCAAGAUCAAGGUCAACAACACCUUGACCCUAGAGUGUGUGGCCCAGGCCAUCCCUACACCCUCCUUGCAGUGGUACAAAGAUGGACAGGUGCUGAGGGCAGAUGAUCACCUGAACAUUACAGCCAACGGCCGUAUUGUCAGGAUCAAACAGGCUCAGGUGUCCGACACUGGACGCUACACCUGCGUCGCAACCAACGUGGCUGGGGAGGAUGAGAAGGACUUUGAUGUAAAUAUACAAGUCCCCCCUAGCGUCCAGCGUCCUGGGGGGGUGAGAGACCCAGGCAGUGGGGGUGAUGUAAAGGACGUGGUGCUGAACAGCCCUAUCUCUUUGUACUGUGAGACCAACGCUGUGCCACCACCAACUCUCACCUGGUACAAAGAUGGACGCCCACUGGCCUCCAGUGACAAAGUGCUUAUAAUGCCUGGUGGGCGCGUAUUACAGAUCCCCAGGGCUCAGGCGGAGGAUUCCGGAAGGUAUACGUGUGUGGCAGUGAACGAGGCGGGAGAGGACUCCAUCCGGUACGACGUCCGAGUGUUCCUGCCCCCAUCGAUCCGCGGGGGAGGCGGGGAUCUACCUGAGGAGGUGGUGGUCCGGGUUAAUAGGAGCACAGUGUUGGAGUGCCAGGUGUCUGGUAGCCCCGCCCCUAAGGUCACCUGGCUGAAGGACAACCAGCCCCUUAGCGCUGACGGAUUCCACAUCCUGCUGUCAAACGGACGCUCCUUGCAGGUGUCAAACGCCCAAGUGACGGACACGGGUCGCUACGUGUGCGUGGCCGUUAACCUGGCGGGAAGUGCCGAGAAAUCCUUCAACCUCAACAUACAUGUCCCCCCAACCAUAGUGGGUGUCAGCCCAGAGAAUGUGACAGUGGUGGUCAAUAACUUUGUGUCUCUGACGUGUGAGGCCACAGGGUUCCCCCCUCCCUCUCUGAGUUGGCUCAAAGACAAGGGGCCAGUUCAGCCUCAUACCAACACACUCAUCAUGCCAGGUGGACGCACCUUGCAGAUCCUGAGGGCUAAGAUGUCUGACGGGGGGAAGUACAGCUGUGUAGCCACAAACCCUGCCGGGGAGGCCAGGAAAACAAUCCACCUCUCAGUGUUUGUGCCUCCCAGUAUCAGGGACAGCAGUGGGGACACUCCGGUUGUGGUGAAUGUGCUUGUGGGUAACUCAGUGACCCUGGCAUGUGAGUCUAACGCUGUGCCUCCCCCCACCAUCACCUGGUUGAAGAAUGGCCGAAUGGUGACAGAGUCUGCCAGCCUCCGCAUCCUGGCAGAGGGACAGAUGCUGGAGCUGAAGGGGGCCGAGGUGUCUGACACUGGCCAGUAUGUCUGCAAGGCCAAGAAUGUGGCUGGACAGGUGGACAAGAACUUCCACCUAAACAUCUACGUUCCCCCCAGUAUAAGUGGUUCAGUUGAGGAGAAGGUAGUGGAGACCAUCAGUAACCCUGUGACCUUCGCCUGUGACGCUACGGGCAUCCCCCCUCCCAGUCUCGCCUGGCAGAAAAACGGUCGGACCAUCGAGAACUCAGAAUCUCUGGAGCUCUACAUCCUGUCUGGAGGCAGUAAGCUGCAAAUAAGCCGCUCCCAGCUCUCGGACUCUGGAAACUACACCUGUGUGGCCUCCAAUGUGGAAGGCAAGGCUCGCAAAAGUUACCAUCUCACCAUACAAGUUCCUCCCAGCAUCUCAGGUUCGGAGAUUCCCGGUGAGGUGGGGGUGCUGCUGAAUGACAGUGUCCAGCUGGUGUGCCGUGCCCAGGGAACACCGCCCCCAUCCAUCCAGUGGCUGAAGGAUGGCAUGGCCCUUGAGGCAGGGUUAAGAGGACUCAGGAUCAGUCCAGAUGGCAGCACUCUCACCCUGUCCGGAGCUCAGACCUCUGACAGUGGCAAGUACACUUGUGUAGCCAGCAACAGGGCAGGAGAGGAGGACCGGAUAUUCAACCUCAAUGUGUAUGUACCUCCUGCGAUUGAAGGGAACAGUGACGGGCCCGUGGAGUUGACCACCAUGCUAGACAGCACCGUCAAUAUAGAGUGCGUUGCUUCGGGAUCGCCUCCACCACAACUCAACUGGCUGAAGAACGGCCUGCCUCUCCCUGUCUCUUCACAGACACGCGUGCUGUCUGCCGGACAGGUGCUCAGGAUUGCCAGAGCUCAGGUUUCGGACGGCGGCAUCUUUACCUGUGUGGCCUCCAACAGGGCUGGUGUGGACAACAGACACUUCAACUUACAGGUGCACGUUCCCCCCCGCCUGGACGGUGCGGGCAGUACAGAGGACGUGACGGUGGUGAGAGGGAACCUGGCUUCACUGCUGUGUAUAGCUGAUGGGACCCCCAGCCCCUCCAUGUCUUGGCUGAGGGAGGGGGAGACCUUGGUCCCUGACACCCACAUCAAGUUGCUGAACCUGGGCACCACCGUGCAGAUCCCUCAGGUCAGAGUGGAGGAUACCGGACGCUACACAUGUUGGGCUGUCAACACAGCAGGCCGAGCCAGCCGCCACUUUAACCUCAAAGUACUGGCCCCUCCCCGUAUCAACGGUUCGGGCAUAGCAGCCGAGGUGUCUGUGGUGGUGAACCAUGUUCUAGAGUUGCUGUGUGAGGCCACAGGAAUCCCCACCCCGACACUUACCUGGUUAAAAGAUGGACGGCCGCUACCCCACACAGACAGCCUGCGCCUCCUCAGAGGAGGGGAGGUGCUCAGGAUCUCCUCGCCGCAGGUUGAGGCCACAGGGAGGUACACCUGUCUGGCCAACAGUCCUGCAGGAGACGACGAUAAAGAGUUCCUGGUCCGAGUGCAUGUUCCCCCUAACAUUGCAGGGGAGAGCACUCCACAGAACAUGUCAGUGCUGCAGAACAGACAGGUGACUCUGGAGUGCAAGUCUGACGCUGUCCCUCCCCCAACACUCACCUGGCUCAAAGAUGGCAAGACACUCCAGGCAUCCCCUCGCGUGCGUGUCCUGUCCAGUGGACGUUACCUCCAGAUCAACAUGGCUGAGCUGGGGGAUGGGGCUCAGUACACCUGUGUAGCCAGCAACGUUGCUGGCAAGACCACACGACAGUUUAACCUGGCAGUGAAUGUUGCUCCCAUCAUAGCGGAGGGUCCUGAUGUAGUGUCCGUCCACAUAGACCAGCCUGUGGUGUUGGAGUGUGUUGUGAGUGGAGUUCCUGCUCCCCGCGUGUCCUGGAGAAAACAUGGAGCUAUAUUGGCAGGAACCAACCCCAGGUACCAGUUCACGGAGGAUGGCUCUCUCCGCAUCCACUCAGCCCAGGUAACUGACACAGGACGGUACCUGUGUAUGGCCACCAACCAGGCAGGGACCCAGCGCAAAAGGUUCGACCUGCAGGUCUACGUGCCACCCUCUAUUGCCCAUGGUCCCACCAACAUCACAGUGACAGUGAAUAUUCAGACCACCCUCUCCUGUGAGGCGUCUGGCAUACCAAAACCCACGGUCACCUGGUCCAAGAACGGUCGAUCACUCAACACUGACCAGAACCAGAAUAUGUACAGAUUGUUGUCGUCGGGUUCUCUGGUGGUCAUCGCACCCACGGUGGAGGACACGGCUUACUACAAGUGUAUCGUGUCUAACGAGGCCGGGAAGGACACCAGGGUCAUCCAGCUCUCUGUCCAGGUUCCUCCCUCCAUAGCAGAUGAAGCCACUGAGCUGGUAGUGACAAGACUGUCCCCGCUGGUGAUUGGAUGCACUACGUCAGGCGUCCCAGAGCCCACCCUGCACUGGAGCAAAGACGGCAUGAUACUCCCAAGGGAGGGGAGAGGCUACAGCAUCCUGCCAUCAGGCCCAUUAGAGAUCACAUCUGCAGAGCUGAGUCAUACAGGACACUACUCCUGUGUGGCCGAGAACGCGGCAGGCUCCGCCCAUCGCCACGUCCAGCUCACUGUACAGGAGAUUCCUGUGAUCCAGACCCACCCCUCUUCUCUGGAUGUGAUUUUGAACAACCCCAUUACCCUUCCCUGCAGAGCCACCGGCUCCCCCUGGCCCACUAUCACCUGGCAGAAAGAGGGCAUCAACAUUGCUACUAACGCAGGUGUGUUCACCGUGCUGCCUGAUGGUGGCCUGCAGAUCUCCAGGGCCGCAACAGCAGACUCAGGAACAUACAUGUGUGUGGCCCAGAACCCUGCUGGCACAGCCCUGGGCAAAAUAAAACUCAAAGUACAAGUCCCUCCGACAAUCAGCUCCCAGACCCAGAACUACCUUGUGCCCCUGGAUUCCUCUGUCACCCUGCUGUGCCAGGCUGAAGGUUCUCCCUCGCCCACCGUGACCUGGCAUAAAGACGGGCAGCCUCUCAGCGAAUCUGUGCGCCAACGGUUCCUCAGCUCGGGGUCUCUGCAGAUAGUGUUCGCCCAACCUGGCGACACGGGCCGAUACACCUGCACUGCGGUGAACACGGCUGGCACAAGCAGCCUGGAGAUGAGCCUUAGCGUACAGAUCCCCCCCUCUAUCCGAGGAGGGGAGGCAGAGGUUUCUGUAGUAGAGAAUAGCCAGGCCCAGCUGAUGUGUGUGGCAGAGGGGGUCCCACAACCCACCCUGUCCUGGGAAAAGGAGGGGACACCUGUGAGCGACGCUGCUGGGGAGUACACUGUCCUUCCCUCUGGGGCGCUCGUCAUUGACAUCGCUCAGCCAGAUGAUGCAGGCAGUUACACCUGUGUAGCCAGUAAUACAGUAGGUCAGGACAGUCGGACGGUCAGUCUUUCAGUCCACACCCACCCUGUCUUCACUGAGCUACCCGGAGACAUGGCCCUGAAUAAGGGAGAGCGCCUCCUACUGGUCUGUGGGGUCGCUGGCAUCCCACCUCCUAAAAUCACUUGGACUUUCAACAACAACAUUAAACCAGCUCAUUACAACCAUGUGAACGGCCAUAGUGAGAUGGUCAUCGAGCGGGUCUCCAAAGACGACUCAGGCACCUACUCCUGUGUAGCUGAGAACCGUGUGGGAACCAUUAAGUCCCUGGCCUAUGUCUAUGUUAAAGAGCCUCCCAUCAUUGAUGGGGACUUCCAUCCAAACCGCAUUGAACCACUGGGCGGUAACGCUGUCCUGAACUGUGGGGUACGAGGAGACCCCCUGCCCACCAUCCAGUGGAGCAAGAAGGGAGUCAACAUUCAGACCAGCAAACGCAUACAUCAGCUGGACAACGGCUCUUUGGCCAUCUACAGCACUGUGAAUGAAGAUGCUGGGAAGUAUGUGUGUGUGGCCACCAAUGAUGCUGGGGUGGUCGAGAGGAUUGUCACACUUACCCUGCAGAGUUCUCCCUCUAUCACAGUGGAGCCAGAAGAGACAGUGGUUGACGCUGGCACCACGGUGCUUCUGAACUGCCACGCAUCGGGGGAGCCCAUACCUGUCAUUGAGUGGUCCCGCCAGGGGAGCCCUCUAAUAGGCAACGAGCGCUUCACCAUCUUGUCCAAUGGCUCUCUGAGAGUCACCAGUGCCCAGAUAGAGGACACGGCCGAGUACGAAUGUGUGGCCAGGAACCUCAUGGGCUCUGUGCUAGCCAGAGUAACUCUCACUGUACGAGUGCAUGGAGGGUUCUCAGAGUGGACGGCCUGGGGCCCCUGCAGUGUGUCCUGUGGUGUCGGGGCCCAUCGGAGAUUGAGGCAGUGUAACAACCCUCUCCCAGCCAAUGGGGGGCGUCACUGUACAGACUCAGACACAGAAACACGCAGCUGCCAGGGCAAGCCUUGUCCAGUGGACGGUAACUGGUCAGAGUGGUCAUCGUGGGAGGAAUGUUCUUCUACCUGUGGUCAGGGGAACAGAACUAGGGUGCGCACCUGUACCAACCCCCCAGCGCAGCACGAGGGAAGACCAUGUGAGGGCAAGGCAGUCGAGGCCGUUGUGUGUAAUAUCAGACCGUGUCCUGUGUCGGGUAACUGGGGGACCUGGUUGCCAUGGAGUUCGUGCAGUGAGACAUGCAGUAAAGGGAUGCAGACCAGGGUUCGUCUGUGCAACAAUCCCCCUCCGUCAUUUGAUGGGCCACAGUGUGAAGGGACUGACUCACAGACACAACUCUGUGAGGAGAGACAGUGUCCUGUGGAUGGGAAUUGGUCUUCGUGGGUGAGUUGGGGGACCUGCAGCGUCUCCUGCGGGGGAGGAACCAGACAGCGCACACGACUUUGUACCAGUCCCGCUCCCCAGCAUGGGGGCAGGCUAUGUGAGGGUGUCGACAUGCACAUUGACUUCUGUAACAGUGACCUAUGCCCUGUCCAUGGUAACUGGGGUCCAUGGAGUAGCUGGGGCAGCUGCAGCAGGACGUGUAAUGGAGGACAGAUGAGACGCUACAGAACAUGUGACAACCCCAGGCCUGCCAAUGGGGGCAGAGCAUGUGCUGGGGCAGACUCACAGAUCCAGAGGUGCAGCACAGCCAACUGCCCCGUGGAUGGUAACUGGGGGGCAUGGCAGGCCUGGGGAGACUGCUCUGCCUCUUGUGGAGGGGGAGAGAGAACUCGUGUCAGACUUUGUAAUAACCCGUCGGCUAGCAAACAAGGCCAUCCCUGCCCCGGAGAUUUCACCCAGCUGUCCAGGUGUAACAGCCAGGCUUGUCCAGGCGGGCCCAGGAGGGCGAAAGGCAGUAUCAUAGGUAACAUCAACGACGUAGAGUUUGGAAUCGCCAUCCUCAAUGCCACCAUCUCUGACAACCAAUCAGGAGGCAGGUUUAUACAGGCCUUUAUCUCCAAUGUGCCCCGGAGCCUAGGUCCGGCCAUGAGAAAAAUUAUCUCCAUCCUGAACCCUAUCUACUGGACCACGGCUCAGGAGCUAGAGGAGGCUGUCAAUGGUUACUCUUUGACCAGUGGGGUCUUCAGACGGGAGACUCAGGUGGAGUUUGCCACAGGUGAGAUCUUGAGGAUGACCCACGUGGUUCGGGGGAUGGACUCGGAUGGAACGCUGCUAUUGGAUGUCGUGGUGAACGGACACGUCCUGCAGCUGCCCUCUAAUGCUGACCUCAGCAUCAAGGACUACACAGAAGACUACAUCCAGACUGGUCCAGGCCAGCUCUAUGCUCUGUCUGACCGGAUGUUCAGUGUAGACCGGGUCAGUGUGCCCUACUCCUGGAACCACACCAUUACCUACGACCCAGAGAAGGGCAAAAUGCCCUACCUGGUGGAGACACUCUAUGCCUCAGCCAUCAGUACCCACUACCACCCCCUAGAGGAGGUCUUGGAAUACACUAUCCACGCCACCAUCACUAAAGGAGAUCGUAGUAACCAGUGUCCACGCGGUUUCAGGCUGGACCCUGCAGGGCCCUACUGCUCUGAUGAGGAUGAGUGUACGGAGGGGAACCCAUGUUCUCACGCCUGUCACAACGCCAUGGGAACCUACUACUGCUCCUGUCCUCGGGGACUCACCAUCUCUGCUGAUGGCAGAACUUGUCAGGACAUUGAUGAGUGUUCUCUGGGUGGGCACAUGUGCCAUGGUGGACAAGACUGUGAGAACACCAUAGGCUCUUACCGCUGUGUGAUGCACUGUGGGAGGGGCUUCAGGAGGACAGCUGAUGGACAUAGCUGCCAAGACAUUAAUGAGUGCCAGGAGUCCAACCCAUGCAACCAGCACUGUCUGAACACUAUUGGCAGCUAUCGAUGUGCGUGUGAGCCCGGUUACCAACUCAGGAACCGCCGCUGCAUAGACAUAAACGAGUGCAGGCAAAGGGUGUGUCGUUCCGACCAGCAGUGUAAAAACACUCGAGGCAGCUACACUUGUAUUGACCUGUGCCCCACAGGCAUGACUAAAGGGGCCAAUGGGACAUGUCUGGACAUUGAUGAGUGCAGAGACGGGACCCACCAGUGCAGAUACAACCAGAUCUGUGAGAACAGCAGAGGGAGCUACCACUGUAGCUGCCCCCGGGGUUACCGCUCUCAGGGUGUAGGACGCCCGUGUCUGGACGUUAACGAGUGCGAGCGUUCACCCCAGCCCUGCGCCUACCGGUGCCUCAACACGCUGGGCAGCUUCGAGUGUGUUUGCCCGCCGGGGCGCCACCUGCUAGGGGAUGGGAAGUCCUGCGCCGGGCUGGAGAGGCUCUCAUCCAGCUACGAGAGCUUUUCGUACGGCUACCACUCCUCCCAGGCCUCUUCCGAGCGGAGCUCCUUCCGGCGGCAGUACCACAGCCUGGCCUCCCAGAGCUACCCCUCCUAUGCUGCCACGGGGGGGAGGUAUAGGCAGCGUAGCCGCAAGGAGGCCCUGUUCUGUCCACAGGGGUACGAGGCCAGGGUCGGCAUUUGCCUAGACAUCAACGAGUGUGAGGUGAAGGACACAUGUCAGCAUGAGUGUAUGAAUACUCCAGGGAGCCACAGGUGUCUGUGCCCUGCUGGCUACCGCCUUAUGACCAACGGCAAGACCUGCCAAGACAUAGAUGAGUGUUUAGAGCAGAACAUCCAGUGUGGAAACAACAGGAUGUGCUUUAACAUGAGAGGAAGUUACCAGUGUAUCGACACACCCUGCCCACCCAACUACCAGAGAGACCCAGCAACAGGAUUCUGCCUGAAGAACUGCCCGCCCAACGAUCUGGAAUGUGCCCUGAGCCCUUACGCGCUGGAGUACAAGCUGCUGUCCCUCCCCUUCGGCAUAGCAGCGAAUCAGGACCUUAUCCGGCUGGUGGCGUACACACAGGACAGCGUGGUGCACCCGCGGACUUCCUUCCUAGUGGUGGACGAGGACAUGAUGCUACCCUUCGCCUUGCGAGACGAGAACCUGAAGGGGGUGCUGUUCACAACCCGGGCCCUCAGAGAGCCCCACACCUACCGAAUGAAGGUCCGCUCCCUGUCCUACAGCGCCGACGGCGGCAUCGAGUACCAGACCACCUUCAUCGUCUAUAUCGCUGUCUCCGCCUACCCCUACUGAGAGCACUUUAAAACACAGAGUAACGAGGGGGUGGAUGUCUGUGUGGGCUUUGGAAAGCUGUCACUAAUGUAAACGGGAACUAGUAGGAAUAAAAGCUGUGAGAGCAAAAACCAGGUGGUAGAGGAGAACUCCACACCCUGGAGGAAGAAUAGGGAAGGACUCCACAAUCACACCUAGAGCACAACAAAGUUUACACACAAGCGAGUUCCCCUUUUUUUAGAAGUGAACGCCUACUUAUUUGCCUGACCUCCAUGAAUAUUGUUCCCUCCCAUACCUAUGAGCUUUGUGGUUCUAGAGUGAAAGGUUUGGCCCUCUUAUCCUGUCCCAUUUUCUCUUUCACUAGGUGUAGAGAUAUUUCCAUAUGACCCAGAUUGCUCUCCAGGGCCCAUGAUGUCGCCCCAGACUGUAGGUUCCCGCCCUCCACAGGCUCAAUGUGGAAGAGACAAGGAAUACUAGCUAGUCUUCAUUUACGUCUACCUAUUAACUUAUUGGGAUGUGCUUGAAUAGGAAAAAAGGGGCGGUUCCCUACUUCACUCUACUCUGGUUAGACACAAAUUGUGAAAUCAGAAACGAGAACACAGCUGGUCAUUUUGUUUUAAAUGGUGCUUGUAGAGACUUGUUGGCGAGAUAGGUUUGGCUGUAUGUAAGUCACACUUUUUCUCUCCUCAGGUAAUCCCCAUCCCCAGGAUACACCAUGCCCUCCAUUCUUCAUUGCCAGUCUCAAAUAGGAACCGUAGCUAUUAUUAUUGUAAAAAACAACCGACUUUAAGAGGUUGAUAUGACUUUACAAGUUCAUCUAUAGUCACAGUACCAAGAUGUAUUCUAUUUUUUAUGAUUUGUAUAUAUA